ACAGCCCCGACAAGAUGAUGAACGGCAAGCCGGCGGCGGCGGCCGGCGCGCUCCACCCGCCGCCCAUCAGCGCGCCCAGCUCCUGCUUCCCCGGCGGCCGCUACUCGCCCACCUACCGCUCGCCGGACCCCAUGCGCCGCUGCAUGCCCAACCCCUCGCACUACAUGCGAGAGGUGCAGCCAGCCACCUCCGCCCCCCACAACAUUGCCGUCUGGGAUGGAGCCCGGUUCGUCCACGCCUCUCUACACCCCUCCGAUAACGGCAAAGAAAAAAGUCGAAUUCUUGAGGAUGCGUCCAUUAUGUGCAACUCCUGGUCUCCACGGCAUAAUGGCGACCUGUUCAGCGGGCUGAACGACGGCCUGCUGAGCCGCGCGGAGGCGCUGGCGGCGGUGGACAUGGGCAAGCACCAGGCGAGCGCCACGCCGGGGCUGCCGCAGCUCAAGCACGACGUCAUGUACCACCACGGCAUGCCCGCGCCGCACCCCGCGCCCGGCGCCCGGCCGCACCAGAUGGGACACCACGGCAUGGAGGGACUGGAUAUGCUGGACCCCAUCUCGAGCACCUCGAUGACGACUCUGGCGCCGAUGGGCGAAGGCGGCGGUGGCGGGGGCGGCGGCGCGGGCCAGCAGGUGCACGGGCACGCGCCAGCCGUGUACGGGCCGAUGGGCAACGUGAUGGCGAGCCACCACGCGCACCACGCGCACCACCACCACCACCACGGGCACGGGCCGCCGCUGCCCGGCGCGCACCACGGCCACCCGGCGCACCACCACCCCGCCCACCCCGGCCACCCCGCGCACCACCCGGCCAUGGCCGCCGCCGCCGCCGCCGCCGCCGCCGCCGGCCUCCACCCCGACUCCGACACGGACCCGCGCGAGCUGGAGGCGUUCGCGGAGCGCUUCAAGCAGCGGCGCAUCAAGCUGGGCGUGACGCAGGCGGACGUGGGCAAGGCGCUGGCCAACCUGAAGCUGCCGGGCGUGGGCGCGCUGUCGCAGUCCACCAUCUGCCGCUUCGAGUCGCUCACGCUCUCGCACAACAACAUGAUCGCGCUCAAGCCCAUCCUGCAGGCGUGGCUGGAGGAGGCGGAGGCGCAGGCGAAGAACAAGCGGCGGGACCCAGACGCGCCGUCCGUGCUGCCGGCGGGCGAGAAGAAGCGCAAGCGGACGUCGAUCGCGGCGCCCGAGAAGCGCUCGCUCGAGGCCUACUUCGCGGUCCAGCCGCGGCCCUCGGGCGAGAAGAUCGCCGCCAUCGCCGAGAAGCUCGACCUCAAGAAGAACGUGGUGCGCGUGUGGUUCUGCAACCAGCGCCAGAAGCAGAAGCGCAUGAAGUUCGCGGCGCAGCACUGACAAGUGGCCGGAGGGGGGGCGCUCGCCCCUCCCUCCACCCCACACUGCAUCUGAGCGCCUCGGCCCUCCCACCACACUCCAAAGUGCCAAACAUUUCACUCCCCGCGUCGACUGGGACUACUCGUACGCGGAGGCUUCACUCGCACACGAAGACUUUCUCCCCGUCGAAAAGACGACUCACUACUCACGUUCUGUGUUAUAUACUCGUUUCAAAAUUAAAUUACUCCACACCCGGGGUGACGCACCUGUCUGCCUACUUAUAUGUCUACCGCAAACACCCUUGCAUAUGCUCUCACUCCUAAUCACAUCGACGACUGAGUAAUGUAGUGCAGAACACAAGACACUGGAUCAAUCGAGGUGGCGCAGUGGUUAAGACACUGUUCUUCUGAAAGGUGGCAGUCCAAAUCCUCGUAUAACAAUCCCGGUUCGGUUUGGAAAUGACGCCAUGAAACACCAUUACCUGGUGUUAAAACAUAUUCUUGAACUAAAGACGCACCUCAGCUUCGCACAGUUAACGUGAAUUAUCUACGACCGUAAGACUUCCCUGCCAUAGCAAUGAGUUUGUUUACAAGAUACUGCAUGCAGUUGUUAUUAAAAAUCAGUGUACAGAAUUAUAUUACCGAAAGUUAACUCGCAAUUCUAGUACAUUUUAAACGAUUUAAGAAUGAGAUUGAAAUGUGAUAUAAAUAAGUUUAGGUGAGUGCUCCGUAUUUGCCAUCCGUGCAAAAGAAAUGUGACUGUUACUUCCCGACCUGUUUUAACUGGCUGAGUCUCAUUCUAGUUCCCCAUUUGCCUCUGUAUCGAUUCUCUUUGCUUCCAGUAUUCAAUGAACUUCCGAAAUUCUUCCAUGAAUCCAACCGCGGUUUGCACUUUUUCACCGAAAUGUUCGAAGAAGUUCAUGAUUUAAAUUUUGUGAUGGUUAGCAUCCUGCAUUCAUUAUCAUCGCCGGAGUUCGGUAAGUCAUUUAUUACAGAAAGUAUCGGCCAUUAUACAGUGUGUAUCAAGUAGAAUCAUCCGAUUUGCAUUCCAUUUCUGAAACUAAUAAACAUAUACAAUGAAUAUUGUUUUCUGAUUAACGGGGAACUUCAAAAGAUUUUUUCAUACCUCUUGAAAGGUGUUCAAUACGCCACCUUCAGAUGCACGGGACAUGUCAAUGAAGUAUUCAAACUGUUCCCACACUGCAGUGAGCAUGUCUUGAGUUGCAGCUUCCACAGCUGCUGUUAUGCGAUUUCUCAGCUCAUUCAUUGUUGUUGGUUAACGGAGGCACAUAAACAGUCUUUUAUAAACCAGCACAAGUAAUAAUCACAUACAGUGAGGUCCGGUGACAUUGGAGGCAAGUAAUGUAAGGCUGAAUCAUUUGGUCCUUUGAUAUGAAAACUCCCGACCCAUCGUUCUGUAAUCCUUUGAUUUGAAAAUUCCCGCACUCUCAUAUGCCAGUGUGGCGGUGCCCCAUCCUGUUGGCAAAUGAAGUGGUUCGAAUCAGUAUCCAACUGUGGGAAAAGAAAGUUCUGAAUCACAUCGAUAACAGUUAUUUCUGACUCGCACUGCGCGAAACGUAGAAAACAAAACGCUUUCUGUUGUGCCGAUACCAUUUUUACUAGAACUGAAGUGAACGCACACUGCUGCUACCUAGCGGGAACCAUGUAAAACUCGAGAGAUGGCUCUUUCCAACAGUUCGUUUUUCAAGCACAUAUUUCAAAUAACAUAGCAGUUAUUUUUUUAAAAAUCGGAUUAUUCUUUUUGAUAUAACCUAUAUUACCUCAGGAACCUUCUUAUAACUCACCAGGAAAAUCGCAAACAACUCGUUUUAAACCGGUACUUUCUGAAUGAGAGGCUUGUAUGUCUUACCACUGCGCCAACUCGUCCCUCACAUGUAUGUUACUUCAUUUAUUCAUUUAUACUGGUUCUUACUUUUAACACUGCGAAGGGAUGGGUGGAUUUAACAUCGUAAAUAAGGCAGUUAUAUCGUUCAGAAUUUUCUGACCUUUCUUAAUAUUACAUAAAUAAAUUAAAAUUAUUAUGGAUCAGCAAAAAUUUAAACCAAAUAGACACCACAGUUCAACAAUGUCAAUACACAGAUGUAGCAUAAAUUGAGGAAACCUGACAGAAGCUAUAUGCAAGGGCAUGACUGCGGUAGGCGCAUAAUUGUAUGAAAUCAUUUUAUCAUCGUAACACUACACAAGCAUCCUACUGUACCUCGGAACGGAUCUCACUGCUAAUCUCACGUACACAUACAUUUCAUAUUCCCACGAUUUCUGUUGUCAAGCUUCUCGUUUGUGAAACGCAGUGGACGUCAGGUGCCUGUGGUAAAAAACUGAAAUUCUUACUUGAAAAUGGACUCAAUUUUACUUCAGUGCUAUGAAACUUAUACAGAGCUCUCAUCUUUGCAUUAUUCAGGAGGAAACUCAAAAUUUGUGAUACACUCUACGUAAAGCGCUGAAAAAUAUCUGCUUGCUGUAAAGCUAACUCUUUUUUUUUCAGCAGAGAAGGAUUUAUCAGACUUUUUACACAAAAAAACUUCUGCACGUUUUCAAGUUCAAAGAAGUUCGAAGUCGUAUAGUGAAUACUAGAAUUUUUCCACUUCUGCUUUAGGACAUGUUGAGAGUUGCCAUAAGGCGGUUUGAGACGUUGACGACAUGCGCUCGAACUAAAGACGGAAGUGUCCGCACGGUGGACAGCUGCGGAUGACUGGAGUGCUGCGUUCGACGGGCGCCUUGCCAGUGAGUGGAUUGUGGCGGAAAGCUAUUGGUGCAACGAGAGAACUGUGAUUCGUGGGGGCUCGAAGGAGCCCCAGUCUUUGUGCAAUAUUACCCAGACAAUGGGACUGUUGAAACACACCCAGCAGAUGUUGUGUACAUAUCAGUUAUACUUAAGGUUACCAGCGACACAUGCCUAAGUAUGUUAGCAUAGCUUUCAUAGUGAUCUCGGAGCAAAUUGUUUGUUUAUUUAUUAAUUUAUUUAUUUUGCUAGCGUUUGUAGCAGAGCAGCUGGCCGGGAGAGAACCGUGAGUGCGUACAAAUUUUGUGUCUGUGUCUGUAUGAAAGAUGAUGUUACGAAUUAGGCGACAUGCAGAGUAUCCACAAAAUAUGCAGAUGGGACUAUUACUUCUGUGAUAAUAUUUAUUAGUCACGUUGUUGGCACUAGAGUUGCGGUGUAGGUUACAAGCCGAAACUGAAAUGCAGUCGUCGUCGAUCUGUGCUUGACUGGACACUGUGGACUGAGGUACAAAUAAAAGCAAUAAAUAAAAUUUAGACUUAGAUACCUUUCGAAGCAGUGCUAAGUGACCUACGUCUCAACAACGUAUACAUCCAAUUUAGUAAACUAUUCUUGCGAUUAGCACAACUUCAUUCAGGUUUUCCCUUACAGAGAAACAUAUUCAGCGGUAGGAAUAGUCAUACGAAACCAAUUAACAACCUUGAAAUUAUUCUUUGCCAUUGUUCUAACUGUUGAGAUUUCGCGUGGGCAACACAAUGUCGUAUUUUUAUAAAAAUUACAAAACACAAUCGUUUGUCAGUUAUUAAUUUUUUCUCAUAUUUUUGGAAUCAAUGAACAACCAACACAAACUGCCCUUACAAUAACCUUGUUCCUUCAUUUUACAAUUACAAUACGCAAUUGUUAUAAUUAAUGGUCAAACGCUGAGAUUGUUUAUGAACUGUGGGUUGUUUAUCAACUCUUGAAACAUGUUUUUUGACAUAUAUCUAGUCAGUUGCUUUAAAUUUAUUUCAUUAUGUUUGAUAUUAAUGUACACAGUAUUGUGACUUGUAUUGAGUACUCGAAGAAGAAGUAACAUUAUUUUCAUGUUAUGAUACAAAGAUUUUUUAUUCUAAUGUUUCUUACAACGUAAAUAUUUUUAAAGAGCUUUAAGUACCACUGCAUAUUGUAGAAUUGUAACGUAACACUUAUUUCUCUUUAUUAUCACUAUCGCUGUGCUGCAUGGAAUGAACGGAUAUUUUGUGGAUACAUCUGUAUUCAAAUUGUUGCAGUUAUAGCCUCAUAUAAGCUCAAAUAAAUUUCAGGAGUCGCAGAAAAGUAAAUAUGUACAUAGUUUAUAUAUAUAUAUAAUAAAGAGCUAUCCCGAAUUUUGUGUUUUGCAUCUUCUCCAUGCAUUCGGACAAAUGUGCUACUACAGGGUAAAAGUUCAUAUCAUUUCAAGAAGAGUAUAAAGCGCCUAUCUCAGGACGAAUGUGUCGCCUUUGUCGUAAGCCCGCACUUUUCUGUAAGCCAGGAAUGAGUGACGGCGUUCGCCAACUUCAACAUAUCAUUGUAAGCGCCUGCGGGGCGCUGUUGUGUAGAUAUUACCGAACUCUUUACAUAGAAACGACUGCUGUCACACGGAUCUCCUGCUGUGUCGGGCAGUCACGUGGGUACUUCAUAUAUAAAGUAAUAGGCUCGUUUUUAUACGUAGUUUCCAUGAAGCCUUACCGUAAAGUAUUGUAGAGUCUGUUUCCAUCACAAAAAGCCAUUUUCUUUCAAUGUCAUGUUCUAAGACAGAAAAAUCAUUCAAUGAAAAUAAAGUCUUGGUGUUAACAU